CCGGCGCGCGGAGGCGUCACCGGCGGUCUGAACCAGAACCAGCUCCACCGCCAAGGCAGAAAACACACACACACACGCACACACACACACACACACGGGCUCCCUGCUAGCAACGGAGCUUUAGACACCGAGCUAGCGAGAAGUUAACAGAUAAACCCUGGAACGCCAUCACGGAUUUCCUGUGGGACAAACGCACGGGCCUCGCUGCUAAAACGAUGCCUCACACAAGACGGUACUCGUCUUCGGACAGAGACAGUCGAAGCAGCUACCAAGACCGUUACAGAGACAGAGGGCGAAGACAGCGUCACCGAAGAUCACCGUCCUUCUCCUCCAGCAGCGAAAGGGAUCGAGACAGAAGGCCACGGGCACACAGACCGGAAGAAAGCUUUGUACGCUCAAGGAGCCGCAGCUAUGACAAUCGCUCAACCGAGCACCGGCCGUUUGACCGAAGGUACUGCGAGGGAUACAGACGCUUGGAUCAGACUCGAGAACAAGACCGCGACAGAGAAAGGGAACCACGCGGAGCGGCUGAAAGUUACUAUCCGCGCGACUUCACCCCGAACAUGUACGACUACAGACGCGGGCGCGUCAGGGAGCGCGAGCGGGAAGAGUCGUACCGGCGGAAAGGCAGCAGGCGUAAGCACAAACGAAGGCGGCGUAGAACCAGGUCCUAUAGCCCAUCCUCCUCGCGGAGCGACAGCCGGACGCGGGCACUGAGUGUGAGGGACGACGAGGAAGGGCACCUGAUCUGUCGGAGUGGGGACGUCCUGCAAGAGAGAUAUGAGAUUGUCAGCACCUUGGGGGAAGGCACCUUUGGGAGGGUGAUGGAGUGCAUAGACCAUCGCAGGGGAGGGGCCUCUGUUGCUCUAAAAAUUAUCAAAAAUGUGGAGAAGUACAAGGAAGCAGCUCGCCUGGAGAUAAAUGUCCUAGAGAAGAUCAAUGAGAAGGACCCUGAUAACAAAUUCCUUUGUGUACAGAUGUAUGACUGGUUCGACUACCAUGGUCACAUGUGUAUCUCCUUCGAGCUGCUCGCGCUCAGCACCUUCGACUUCCUAAAGGAGAACAACUACCUGCCCUAUUCUAUUGGCCAGGUCAGACACAUGGCCUACCAGAUCUGUCUCGCUGUGAAGUAUCUCCAUGACAGUAAGCUGACACACACCGAUCUAAAGCCCGAGAACAUCUUAUUUGUCAACUCAGACUUUACAAUGUCCUUCAAUGUCGAGAAGAAGCGUGAUGAUCGGACGGUUAAGAGCACGGCAGUACGCGUGGUGGACUUUGGCAGUGCUACUUUUGACCAAGAGCACCACAGCACCAUAGUGUCCACGCGGCAUUACCGAGCCCCUGAGGUCAUUCUAGAGCUGGGCUGGAGUCAUCCCUGUGACGUGUGGAGCAUCGGCUGUAUCCUGUUUGAGUACUACCUGGGCUUCACCUUGUUUCAGACUCAUGACAACAGGGAGCAUUUGGCCAUGAUGGAGAGAAUCCUGGGACCGGUGCCCUCCAGGAUGAUUCGUAAGACGAGAAAGCAGAAGUAUUUCUAUCGCGGCCGUCUGGACUGGGACGAGAGCUCCUCUGCUGGGAAAUACGUGAGAGAAAACUGCAAACCCUUGCGGCGGUACCUGCUGUCGGAGGCGGAGGAGCACCACCAGCUGUUUGACCUCAUUGAAAGCAUGCUGGAGUACGAGCCCUCCAAGAGGCUGGUGCUCGCCGACUCACUCAAGCACCCCUUCUUUGACAACGGGACGAUCGGCGAGGCGGCAAGCGGCAAAAACUGGGAGGGCAAUCGUGACAUCAGCCGGUGACCCGAGAGCCUCAAAAGACUGACCGGGGAGAUCAAUACUUUUAUAUAUGGAGAAGGUGAACUGUCAACCUAAACAGAGCUGCUGGAGUUUUCUGUUAUUUGUCAUUAAAGCAUGGACACCGUAACUUGUUCCUCCUCUGCCGUGCACCUCUGCAGCCACGAGAGAGACGAAAAUAACUCAUAAAAGACUGGAAGAGAGAUGGAAAGAAUAAAUCUUUUAUAGCCGCCAUAGCCUGAGCAGAGGAGGUUUGUUUGUACCCAAAGUGGCCCUCUAUGCAGCUCCUGUCUUCCUUUUGACUUCCGAACUAUCUUCUUCCCUUCCGUCCGUCCGUAUAUUUUCCUCAGCAUGUAAAGGAAAUCAUUCACAUUAAUAAGGAAAGAAACACUACAAAACCAAUUUCUACAAAAAGCCCAGUUUUGGAGAAGAAAUGUCUUCCUAUUGUGAAGUCUAAGGAAAGGGUGAAAAGGAGAUGGAGCUGCAGCGCAGGUCCUCACUCGCAUUAUCCUCAACACGGAGACACGAUAUUCUAUCAUACUAACUUCCAAUUAAAUUUCAUAUUUCCUUGGAAAAAGUAUUCCCAACAGAGACGAAUGUCUUGGUUUACGUCUUUGUUAAGUGAACAUCUCGCUCUGCAGAUUGUUUUCCAUGUUUGCGUUUGUCUAAGCGGAUCGUCCCGUAAACCCGCGUCCCUGUUUGUGGGUGGAUGGAUCUGUAAUUAAUCGCCAAUGAGUUGUUAAUGGCAACAGACACUCCCACACACAGGCCUCUGUGCAUGUUAUUCACAGCUGUUUUUUAUGUAAUGCAACCUGUUUGUGUGUGCGUGCACACGAAGGGUUGGAUGACGUUAAAUCGCGCAGUAAAUAGUCAUGGGAAAAUUAUUGCAUACUUUUAAACACAAAAGAGUAAACUGCCUUCUCCGUGUGUGAUUUGGUCCGAGCUGAGGUCUCUCAAUGAGGUUAAGCGCACAAGUCCUGGCUCGAGCCAAUGAGUCUCUCUCACACACACACACACACACACACUGUUCACUCCUGUUGCUGGUUCUUAUUUGAUUUACAAAAGGUCAUAAUGCCCCCACCUGUACAUUACUUCUUUUUUUUUGUAUAAAAUGAAAGCGUAUAAAACUGUAUAUAUGUACGAUUGUGUAGAAUUAAAGUUCAGUCCUCCUGACCAAA